AUGUUUUCCCUGUCGGAGAUGGCUCCCCUGAAUCAGCAUCAGAACAGCUGUAAACUCCUGAAGCCCUGGUGGGAGGUCUUCAUGGACUACCUGGUGGUGCUGAUGCUGGUGACGUCGGUCCUGGCCUGCACCGUGCAGCUGUCCAGGGACAAAGUGGUCUGCAUCCCUUUGGAUCCACUGGUCACUGAAAACUGUAGUAACCACAACGUUUCACCGAGCCUGGAUGUGGCCCGGACUCCUGCUUCAAAGAGCAUUCCUCAGGACAUCGGUCCAAAUCUUCUCUCUGAAGCGCGAGGUCGGCGUACACAUCUGGUCUACCAGCAAUACAUCUAUAUUAGCCAGGUGUGCUACCAUGUGGCUUUGCCGCUGAGCUCCCGCUUCUUCCCCUACAUGGUCUUGCUGCAGUCUCUACUGCUGGUAGCCAGCGGCUCGUUCUGGCUCCACUUCCCUCACACCUCCUCCCGCAUUGAACAGUUCCUAUCCAUCCUGGCCAAAUGCUGCGAGUCGCCCUGGACGUCUCAGUCCUUGUCCCAUGCCGCCCGCCAGGAAAGCAUCCACGAGCUAGUGAAGGGGGGGAGACGGCCACUGCAGCCUCCUCCAUCUUCAGGGUCCUCUUCCCCCCCAGAGACCCAAACACAGCGCUCAAGCAUCGACUCGGGGACGGACAGCCCCGUUUUGAAGAGGUCGGAUUGUGCACCCUCAGCCCCCCCACCAUCUCCUAGUCCGUCCACGCUGUCCUGCAACUCCACCAUGUCUUCUAUAACCGUUGGUUCUGAGGUCCACUUUCCGUCCUCCAAGCCUUCAGUCACAGUUGACAGUCCCCGGCAUAUAAUGUGCCUGGAUAAAAGUGAUGGGGAGCAGGCCAGAGCGCUGUUUGAGAGAGUCAGGAAGUUUCGGUCUCACUGCGAAAGCUCAGCUGUCAUUUACAAGGUCUACUUGGCUCAGACAAUAUUCAAACUAUUCAUGGUGACGCUGAUCAUCAGUUACACCAUCCCUCUUCUCGCCUCCCUCUCCUUUAACCACAUCUGUCACCCUGCCGAGCGUGCGUUGGUGGGCUACGAUACCUUUGAAUGCAUCCAUGUGCUGUCCUCACUGCUGCACAAGCUGCUGGUGGCCUACCUGACCCUGCUGGGGCUGUACGGCCUGCUGCACUUCUACACACUCGCCUGGAUCUUUCAAAGCUGUCUUCGGCAAUAUUCCUUCCACUCUCUCAAGGAGCUUUGGUCCCUCAGAGACGUCCCAGACCUGACGAACGACCUGGCCUUCCUUAUACACAUGUUAGACCAGUACGACCCCUUGCUGGCCCAGCGGCUCUCCGUGUUCUUGUCCCCCGUAAGCGAGAGCAGGCUGCUUGAGGAAAGCUUGGAGAGGCUCUGGGGAGAGGAGAAACUGAAAGCCAUGACCACCGUGGAGGCCGACGGCUGCACCAGACUGCAGCUGGUGGCGCUGCCCCGGCUUCCUCCAGCCCUCUUCACCCUCGGCCAGCUCCGGGUCCUCAAACUGGAGCUCAUCACAAACGCCAGGUUCACUGCACAGACGGCUAACAUGACCUCACUCAGGGAGCUGCAUCUUUACCACUGUGUGGCGGCUGUGGAUCCCAGUGCACUUGCGGUCCUCCAGGAACGCCUGGAGGUCCUGCACAUCACCUUCACUCAGGCAUCGGAGAUCCCCAGCUGGGUCCUGUCCCUCCGCAGCCUGCACGAGCUCCACCUCUCUGGGCGUUUGAGCAGUGAGGGUGGCGUGGGGCGUAGCUGGGCCCUGGGGAGCCUACGUCAGUUGCGUCACCUCCGUGUCCUGGUCAUUCGAGGCAUGUUGCAGAGGAUCCCCGGUGAGUUGAACGAGGUGGCGGGCAGCUUAGUGACACUAAAGAUCAACAACGAGGGCACGAGGCUGCUUGUGCUUACGGGCCUGAAGCGGAUGGUGGACCUGACGGAGCUGCAGCUGCAGGACUGCCAGCUGGAGCGUUUGCCCUCUGCACUGCUGGCUCUGACCAGCCUGCGGACAUUGGACUUGCAGCAUAACAAAUUAAGAACCCUGGAGGAACUGCUUAGUCUGGCUCACCUGUGGCGCCUGUCUUCCCUCAAGCUCGCCUACAACCGUGUCGUGGCCCUGCCGGCGAGCGUUGCCGUUCUCCGAGGCUUGGAGCUUCUAGAUCUCUCCAACAACCAGCUGCAGAGUCUUCCCCCGGCACUCUUUACUCUUCGCCGCCUUCGUAAGCUUCUGCUGGCUGGCAACCUGCUGGAAGAGCUGCCUUCUGACGUGAAGGUGCUGCAGCUGCUUACGGAGCUGGACCUGAGCGGUAACAGGUUGGAGAGUCUUCCCUCCGGCCUCUUCCUCAGCUGUUUGGAGCUACGCGUCCUCAACGUGGCUCACAACUCCCUCGGUUCAUUGCCAAGCGGGAUCGCAGCUUUAAAUCAGCUGUGCAGGUUGGAUUUGCGCGGCAAUAGUCUGGAAGAGCUGCCUGUGGAACUGGGCUGCUGUUUGGGGCUGUGUGGAGGAGGCCUCUUGGUGGAAAACUGGCUGUUUCUUUCUUUGCCUCCAAACGUCAGGGACUUUCUGAGCCACUCUCACACGACCAGCGGCAGGUGUUCAGAGGAUCGUUCCCGGCCAGAUUCUGACUUUUUCCCGUAUUUCCCUCCUGCACAGUGGUGCUUCUCUUCUGCUCUGGAAUCCCAAAUAUAGGACGAAUGACGGACUCAGUGCUAAGAGUCAUAGUAGCUACUGUGCUUAUUUGUAAAGUGAAAGUUUAUACUUUGUGCUUUUUAACUCCUGAAAGACUCUUUUUCCAUUCUUAAUUUUUUGCGCCACGCUGAGCGAACUCUAACAAAGUCAGCUACUGUAUUCAAAUUGUUGGGAAUAAUUGCUGACCUUGCACAGAGUAGUGUUUUUGUCAGCACUUUAAGAGCGGACGUGUCUUUUACAGAUGGACAAUGGCUAAAAAGGAAUGACUCUUGAAAUGAAAGGGAAUAAAAAGAUCAGAAAAUAUUGUCUCUGAGGGCCAUUUCUAGAUUUAUUACAUAGUAAAGAAGUUUGUGUUAUUUGAUAUCACCCUUAUUGUUCGCUCUAAAUGAAAAAUAUUAAUCUUAUACUGUU